UCUGUGUCUGAUCUGACCUGACACACUGAUCUGAUCUGAUCUGACCUGUAUCCUGGUGACUGUGUGAGUUUUAACAUGGGGCUCACUAUUACGUCGCUGUUUUCCAAACUCUUCGGCAAGAAACAGAUGAGAAUUCUAAUGGUUGGUCUGGAUGCCGCUGGUAAAACAACUAUUCUCUACAAACUGAAGCUGGGAGAAAUUGUAACAACCAUACCAACCAUUGGUUUUAAUGUGGAGACGAUUGAAUAUAAGAAUAUAAGCUUUACUGUAUGGGAUGUUGGUGGUCAGGACAAGAUCAGACCCUUAUGGAGACAUUACUUUCAGAACACACAGGGCCUUAUAUUUGUAGUAGACAGUAAUGACAGAGAACGAAUUGAAGAAUCAGCAGAAGAGCUCUCUAAAAUGCUGCAAGAGGAUGAAUUGAGAGAUGCAGCACUCUUAGUGAUUGCUAACAAACAAGACAUGCCAAAUGCCAUGGGAGUGAGUGACCUGACGACUAAAUUAAGCCUACACAAUCUACGGGUUCAGACUUGGUACGUUCAGGCCACAUGUGCCACCCAAGGAACAGGACUUUACGAAGGGCUGGACUGGCUAUCCAAUGAACUAUCAAAGCGUUAACAUGGAUGGAAAACAGGACCAGAAUGGAGAAACAAAGAAACAGAUGAUGCCAAAUGAACAUUGCAGGAAAACAUUUUGAAAUGUUUCAUGACUGUUGGUUUCCAUUUGACUUUAAGCAAUCGUUUCCUGUCCUAAAGCACUUUUCUGUAUUUUGCUUCCCCAUUUAUCCUUCCCCUUUCCCCAUUUUUUUAAACUUGCGUAACCUUACAUUAACUAUUACAACCUUUUAAGACAUACAAUUAAAUAUGUGUUAAGAGUCUUUAGAUGGUUUUAAUGAUGAUGAUGAUUAAUAUUGUGUAUUGGGGUUUAAAGUAUACAUGAUUUGAAAAUAAUUGCCUUUGAAAAUAUUUACUUAUUGUUUCUAAAGUUCCUGUUAUGGAGUAUGUAAACCCAGAAUCUAUCACAGAAUGGCCAGACAAGAGAAUUCUUUGUGUAUGUGAUGAAUUGUGUUUGAAUUACCAUUUCAAGGGCUUUUUGAUGCAAUUAACCUUUUUGCUUGCCAUCUUGAACUUGAAUGUAUGGAACCAAGUAAUUCAGUAUUUGAAACAAAAAAAACUAAAAUGUUGUGUUAUUUUCAUGUUUGUUAAGUUAAAUAAAAUAGUUACUAGUUAAAUAUA